AAGGCUCGUUGAUAUAAAAGGGAGUCCUUAUCUUCUCAUAUUGUUUAGGUUUUCUUAGUCAGACUUACCCCUUGCUACCAACACUGAGCUUAACCGAGCUUCGCAAAGAUGAAUCGGGAAAAGUUAAUGAAGAUGGCCGGUUCGGUUAGAACUGGAGGAAAGGGUACUGUGAGAAGAAAGAAGAAGGCUGUCCACAAGACAACAACCACAGAUGACAAAAGGCUUCAGAGCACCCUGAAGAGAAUAGGGGUGAAUGCCAUCCCUGCUAUUGAAGAGGUCAAUAUCUUUAAGGAUGACGUAGUUAUCCAGUUUCUAAAUCCCAAAGUUCAAGCAUCCAUUGCUGCUAAUACUUGGGUUGUCAGUGGUUCACCGCAAACAAAGAAGUUGCAGGAUAUACUCCCUAGCAUUAUCCACCAAUUAGGACCAGAUAACUUGGAAAACCUGAAGAAGCUAGCCGAGCAAUUCCAGAAGCAGGCUCCUGAAGGGGCCGCUGGUUCAACCACAGCUCAAGAGGAGAAUGAUGACGACGUCCCAGAGCUUGUUCCAGGCCAGGAUUUUGAGACAGCUGCUGAGGAGACCAAGGCUGCUUCUUAGAUUGUGCCAUCGCUAAAUAUCUCCUGUGUUUUAAUUUUUUCUUCUUCUUGAUUUUCCAUUUUAAGUAUUUCAGGUGUUUGGUUCUCCUGUCAUAUACUUUAAACAGUCCAAAUACUCUAUUAAAUCUGCUUUCCUUCAUCUAACUAGGUAUUCAGUUUUUGACUGCACCUGUCAUCCUCAACACCGUUUCAGUUUAUCAGCAUUAUUCGUGGUUCGGUAGUUAAUGUAAGGGGUAUUCAAUUCC